AUGGGGACUAAAUUUCUUAUCUCAUGUCUCUUGAUUGUGCUCUCCAUUGUUCAGCCAAAAGCUAUAGCCGAAUCUGAGUCUGAAAAGGAAGCGGUGGUCGAUAUAGAAGGCAAGGAGCUGGAAGUUGAUCAACCCUACCAUAUUUUUUGGGAUAUCACACAAAUUGGAGGCAGUGCAAUACCCUACAAAGAAGAUGGGGCUACGAAAGUAAUGCUGGGUACCGGUGGCGAGUUUAAAAAUUUGAGUUCGCCGGUGACUUUCUCUCCAGCUAAUCCAUCUGAGGGGAAAACCAUCCUUGAAUCUACAGACCUCAACAUUAAAUUCGUGGACAUGCCUGGAGUUUGGCAAGUGGAAGACAUGAAAGAUAAGAAGGCGCCGGAAGGCAUGCGUUUGAGAACAAGCAUAUUGGUCGGAGGAGAACCGGGAAAGCCUGGUCCCGAAACUGUGAGAAACUGGUUCAAGAUUGAAAAGGCCGAAACCAAGAAACCAAAUGCCCGACCCGGACAGCACUACCGGAUUUUCUACUGCCCAAAUGUGUGCCCCCAAUCAUGCAAUGUUGAGUGUGGGAACAUUGGAGUAUCAGUAGAUGAUGAUACGGGGGGACUAGCGCUCAUACUUUUUGGUAAAAAAGGGUUUCCUUUCGUGUUCAUGAAGGCCAAGUAA